UGGAGUGACGGAUGUCCUUUUUCGGCACAAGUACUUUCAAGUGCUGCAAUUCUUUUCGAUAGUACCUACUACGACUUGUAAAAGUAUUGUAAAGAAAUGGCACAGGAAAAACAGGACUCAGUGGUGCGUUUGCUGUCGUGUGCCCUUCACCGAAUCCGCACAACGCCUCCCCGAGUAAUCGCUUCGCCAGCAACUCAGCCUCGUCGGGCCGCUGUCGCCAUCAUUAUCCGUGUCGUACCUCCCCCCAACACCGUACCUGUGCCGGUUGGCGCCCCUCUACCCACCUUGAAUCAAUUCUUCGAGUUAGAUUGGGUCAAGGACCCUCUCGCUUGCCCAGAAUUUCUCCUUCUGAGACGCGACGGUGCGGGCCCUUCUGAUGCAGUUCCAGGGCGUACAUCUGCAUUUCAGAACUUCACUGGCGAUGGGGCUUGGAAAGGCAGCAGCAAGGCUGGAGCUCACGUUGCUUUCCCCGGCGGACGUACUGAAGAGGGUGAUGAAGGAGGUCUUUAUACAGCCAUGCGUCAAACAUGGGAGGAGAUUGGAUUGGAUCUCGCAGAGCGUGACUUUCUAUGUAUAGGUCAACUCGAUGACAGAGAGAUCACUACAUCGAUGGGCAAGCGACUCCUCAUGAUCCUGUCUCCUUUCGUCUUCCUGCAGCUCACUCCAAAUCCUCUCCCUGCCGAUCCAACGGACGGGACCACCAUCCACUGGGUACCGCUUGCCACUCUUGCUAGCGCAGUUUUGCCAGGACAUCUAGGUGACAAGAUGAACGCAAGAAGCAGAUGGUCCAGUGUGACUGUAGAUGCUGCGUCCAGGCUUACACCUCGACGUGCUGCUAUCUUGAAAAUAUUAGUUAGAGUUCUCAUAGGCACCAUGCAGUUCCCUGCCAUAUUACUCGAUCUUCCAGAACCCGACACGAUAUCAGGCUCAUCCGCAGGUAGCCCUGGGGUACCCCAAAAGAACGGGUCGUACCCCACACUGACGCAGGACAAGCUUGAGAAGGGAUUUACCGCUACAAAGCCUUCUUCGGGAAGGGACCGAAAUAAAACGCGCCACCAACUCAAGUUAUGGGGUCUUUCCCUUGGCAUGACGCUCGACUUGAUGGCGACUAUGAUACCGUCCACGCCGGUUCCGUCCUCUGCCUGUCUCAAGCCCGCAUCUCAAGAUCUGCACAAAGUUUCCUUGCCUAGUCUGCACCUGCCCUUCCACCCCGUAGGAGGCGAAGGAAUGCGUAUUGAUGCCGUCGCACCCAGUCUAGCGAGUGUCUUCCCCCGUUUCUCUUAUCCGGAUGUCAACUUCUGGAUCUGGGUCUUUGGAAAGCGUUAUCGCGAAGUUGUACGUGGGUGGGAAGCCAGUGUACGCGAUGGAGGCUCCAAUGUCCGACGAGUCAACUGGUCAGGCACGGCACUGAAUACAUUCUAUGCUGCGGUUCGCAAGGCUUUACUCGUAGUCUUGGUUCUUCGUGCGAUUGGUGUACUCAUUGGUCUCGUGUUCGCUGGAUGGUGGGUUUUUGCAUGAAGAACUUCUUCUGGACCCUUACUAUCGUGGAUUUUGGUACCUUCGUGGAAUACUAUAUCUUUUCAUUAUGAUAUUUCACUAAUGCGGAUCGGCAUCUCACUCAUCGUUUUCACGACUUUUUCGGAUUACA